AUGUUUCAUUUGUUUCAUUUUCUCAGAUACGAAUUGUUAAAUGUAUUAAUCUGUCUAUGUUAUCUAGUCCAUUUUGCUCUUGCCUUUGAAAGUCAUAAUCGACCAUUUAUUUUGCCUUUCAGAGUCAAGUCAAGUCAACUCACAAGUCACGACUGA